AUGCCCUCCUCAGGAAUCUACAAACUGGAUGAUGGGAAGCCUUUCCUGAACAACUGCUUUCCAGCCAAAAAUCUUCUUCGGAAGCCGGAAGAAGGCCGAGGACACUGGGUAGUGGCUCGGAAAUGUAACCUCAAGAAGAAGCGCAAAGGUGCAGUUGAGGCACCAGAUGAAGGUCAGAAAAGCCAGAAGAUUUCUUUUGAGGUCAGAGGGAAGAAAGGGUCUCAAUUGAAAAAACAAGCGGACAUUUCUGGACACGUGCUGGACCAGGAUUUCCUGCUGAAGCACCACUGUGUGAGGAAGCCGUCAGAGCUGUGCACCAUUAACGUGAGCGGCCUGAAGUUCUCUAAGGCUAAGGAAAAGGACUUCAAGCAUUUUAAUUCUGUGAUUUACAUCAAUGCCUCAGAAAACCUGCUUCCUCUAGAGGCAUUUUACACAUUUCCAGCCUUGAGGGAACUGGAGCUCGCAUUGAACGGCAUCAAAACAGUCUCUGUGAAAUAUGGAGACUUUACAUUCUUGGAAUUCCUGGACCUUUCCUUCAACAGCCUGGCUACGGAGGCCAUCUGUGAUCUAGGGAUUCUGCCACACCUCCGUGUCCUGCUCCUCACAGGCAAUGGACUCACCUCCUUGCCACCGAAUUUGGCUGUCACAGAGCAGGAGGCAUCUGUAACAUCACUGACAAGCAAGAGGUACCUCCUGAGGUUCCCAGCCCUGGAGACACUGAUGCUGGAUGACAACAAACUCUCCAACCCCAAUUGCUUUGCCAGCCUGGCCGGGCUCAGGAGACUGAAGAAGUUAAGCCUGGACCAAAACAGGAUUUUCCGGAUCCCGUACCUACAGCAGGUUCAGUUCCGUGACUGGUCGGGGGAUUGGGUUGGAGGCAGAGGGAGUCCUUGGAGAGGCCCCCAUUCCAUGCUGCAGCCCAAGUCAUGGGUGUUUGAGGCCUCAGAUGAGCAACCGGAUUAUACUGUAAUGCCCAUGAAAAAGGAUGAUGACCGGACAGAGGUUGUGUUCUCAUCCUACCCUGGAUUUUCAACCUCAGAAACAACCAAGGUAUGUGCACUUCCUCCCAUAUUCGAGGUUCUUCCCGUGAAGUUACUGAAGGCCAGGAACCAGACUCUGGCCCCACCCUUCCCAGAGCUGAGGUACCUUAGCCUGGCCUACAACAAGAUUUCGAAGGAAGACGCCAUCCUGCCAGUAGCUCUCUUCCCAUCUCUCUGUGAGCUCGUCUUUCAUAACAACCCUCUGGUGGUCCACAGACGAGGGGUCCCUCCACUGUUAAAAAGCUUCCUCCAGGAGCGGCUGGGGAUCCACUUAAUUCGAAGAAAGAUAGUGAAGGCUAAGCAUCAUAUGUUGAUGCCUCGGAAGGCCUCACGGAAGGUGAAAACCCAAGUCCCAAAGGUGCCAAAGCAGCCCCUGAUGCUCCAUCACCUACCUGCAACCACAGUGGAGUCUCCCUCACAGGAGAUGUUGGAGGCACAGCUGGCUGAAGUGCCGCCGACUGCUCUGAGGCCAGAUAUGCCCAUUGAGGGCCUGCGGGGCCUUUCCCUGCACCGCCGGCCCUUCGUGCCACUUCCUCCCAUCUGCUCUGACUCCACUGUGCAUAGUGAAGAGACCACGUCUCACCCAAGCGACACUGCUGGCCACCUCAGCGUGGAGAACCCAUCAGACGAGGACACCAAGAGCACAGAGUCCAUCUUCUUGACGCAGGUGAGUGGGAUGUCUUACUCCGCCCUCCAGAAGGAUGAUUCAGAGGUAGAGAAAGACCAAAUACUACUACCACCAUCCCCAGAAUCCAGAGAGGCAAAGAAGACUCGGAGGAAGCUUCCAUCUGCCUCACUCUCCAGCAAGUACCAUGGCUACCAGGAGCUGCUGACAGCCAAGCCUGAUCCGACCUUCAUUGAGCCGAAGGGAAUCCAGAAGAACGCACAGGCCCUGCAGCACCUGCUGAAGCACCCGCUCCUGCACUGCUCCUCCAGGCCCAAGCAGGACACUCUUCAGAAAUACUGUGUUCCCAAGGAGAAACGGGCCCAGAGGAUCCCUGUUCCACCCCCACGGAAGACUCGAGCCCAGCUGCUGGAUGACAUUCUCAUUCGCAUGCGGGACUCCCAGAACAUUACAGAAGCUCCACUAGGAGCUGUCCUGCGCCAGCGGGAGCGGCGGCUGGUGAACCAGAAGGAGUACCAGGAGGCCAAGCGGCUGCUGAAGGAGUUUCAGGCACGCUACAGGGAGCUGGUGCGCUGUUCGCUAAAGAAGGUGUUCAAGGCCCCAGCGCCACCUCCGGCCCACCCGGCCCUGAGCGAGGGCCAGCCUAAGUUAGGCCGCUUCCUCCAGUUGGUGGAUGAGUUCUGCCCGGAGUCCACGGCCAGUGACUCAAAAGGCUAG